CUCGGCAUCGAGCUUCUUGUGAGCUAUGGAGGCAGUUUUCAGUCCUUUCAUUGUGCUUCUGAUCUCUGAAACUUCGAGAAUUUGUGUGUUUAAAUGAAGAGAGAGAAUCUCUAACUGAGAG